GUGAAAGUACAUAAAUUUACCAAAAAAAAAUGUACUUAUUCUUGAAGACUUGACCGAGACAAGUGCAAACAACAGUAAAGCUAAUUAUAACAUUAUCAGAUGUCUUAAUACGCAAAACGUCGUCUGCUCAUGAAAUAUGUAAAAUAUUGACAUAACGCCGGACAGAUAACCUAUCUCUUGUUCUUGUCUGCCCGAAGCGGAAUUGAGAGAGAGAGCUGAGACAGAAGAUAUCGUUGUAACAGUCAAUCUUAGUGCUAACAAGAAAAGUAAACUGAAUGUCAAGUUUGAGGCUGCGAUAGGGAACAGAUUACAGCUGAAACGAAAGCAUCUGCUUGAAGAUGCUAUGACGUAAUAUGUUGUUGUCAGUCUUAUGUUGAUCUAUGUAAUAAGCUAAUGCCUCUGGUCUCGUGUCGGAGUGAAAUGGUGCUUGGUUGUCAGUGAUUUCAUUUUAGAAUAAGAGUCACAGCUUGAAGGAUUUGAAUGUUUAUGAUAAGGUGUACUAACAUCCGGUACAUACAGGAUUUGAAAAGUUGGAAAAGAAAUUAAUUUAGUACUUCCCAAAAGGAGAUUCCACGUCUCUGUCGUGUUAACUCAAUUAACACAUCCCUUAUAUUUUUCAUGUGUAAUGGAACUUGCUCUAUGUAUUGUAGUUUAAAGAUUACAAGCGACUUCAAUUGGUAGUUUGUUGUAAACUUGGACGAUUUUACUUAAGUGCUUACCCAUAGUGCUACCCCAUAUUCCAAAGGGAAAGAGGGUGGAAACCCUCUUUCCCUUUCUAAUAUUAACAACAAGAAUUUCUACCGUCGGAAAACUUAACAUUUUCAAGAAACACAAUUCGAAACGAAAUUUUCAAUUUCUUAUGUUCGUUUGAGAGAAAAUACAAUUUCCAAUAGUUAUCACUUAAUCGAAAUUUAGAAACAUAUUCAAAAGACCCGACAGUUUUGUAACGACGUCGUUAUUAGGAUAGUUCUAUGAUUCGUUAUCUUUAGUUAUUAACACAUGUAAAUAUCGUAUCCAAUGAUAGCGCGCGAAAAUCUUUGCACAAACAUACCUUGAGUUUGUUACCAGCAUCCGAACGGACUGUACGCCUCGAACAAAGUGCGAAAUCCAAAACUCUGUUCAUUUGAAAAGUCUUCAGAGUCAUGCCUUGACUCGCCAGUGUUGUCAAAUGUGGUUUUUGAAUUGUUAUUGAAGUUCCAGUCGGAAAAUGCAAGCGAUUUGCGUCAGAAAAACCCGUGUUUAAUGUUCACAUUCGAGGAUAGAUAGCGAGCACGUUUCAUCGUGUAAAAGAGCGGGAGAGUCAUGUCACUAGCACGCUACAUCUGGCUACUGCUGUGCUACGCGCAGUACGCGCGGAGCAACCUGAUGGACGAGUACAAGGAGUACACGACCAGCUUCAUGUACCCCAAGAACGACAAGACGGAGGAGCUGCCCGUCGAGCUCGGCAAGGACUGGCUCUCCGGCUGCAUCUGCAGGGCCACCUACCAUCGGAAGGCGGUCGUCUGCUUCGGGAACUAUGAGUGUAUGAAGUUUCCAAAGGUGCCAAUACAAAGUGAAAUAUUGAGAGUAAGAACUACGGUCAUCAAUGAAAUCCUCAAAGGUGAACUAGAUUAUUUAUAUUAUUUGAAAGUACUUGAGAUAGAAGCAAACCACCAACUGCGGUACAUCGAGCCCGGCGUGUUCUCCAACUUGACAGAUCUGGAACAUCUAUCUAUUUCCUACAACACGUUGUUGAGAUCAAUCCAUGAAACAAUUUUUGAAGGACUUCCGAAUCUCAACAAUCUGACUUUGGUCAACAAUGGAUUUGACUCCGUUUUGGAAUUAACACCCGCCCUUAAACCCAGCAGAUUACCAUUAUUACGAAGACUGGAUUUAUCAGAAAAUUCUUUUGAAACUAUCGAAGAACAUCAUUUCAUCCCAAUGAGAGGAACCAUCUUAAAGAAACUUGUGCUUAAUUUGUGUAGAUUAGAUUACAUACAUCCAAAAAGUUUUCUACCACUGAAACAUUUGAAGGACCUCCACGUCGCAGAUAACGACUUAAACUCCACCUUAAUUGGAAACUUUUUAACAACAAUGAUGGCACAUAAUAUCAGUUUGCUACACCUAGACUUGGCUGGAAUGGGAUUUAGGAAACAUCCACCAAGAAAACUCAUGUCCAUAAUAGCACAGUCUUCGAUACAAAGUUUGAUUCUGGCCAGAAAUCAGUUUGAAAUUAUUGAUGAUGAUAGCUUUCCUCAAAUGGUGAAUUUACAGCUUUUGGAUCUGAGAAAAGUUUCAGCGAUAUCUAUUGGCCCCUUAACUUUCAAUCCGGGAAUAUUUCCAAACUUACGGUUUCUCUUAUUGAGUGGCAACAGUUUACCGGGAAUUCAUGGCACUCACCUUUCUAACCAGCUGAUGCUCUUAGAUCUCUCCGAUAACAAGGGGCACGCAAAUAAUCCUGUUUACUACGAGAUAGAUCGCUUUACAUUUACAGAAAGUGAUAAGCUACAAGUAUUAAAUUUAGCUUUUAAUGGAAUAAGGGCUAUAUUUAAUUACACAUUUACAGGACUGGAUAACCUAAAAGUGUUGACUAUGGAAAAUGGAACUCUCUAUCAUAUCGGAGCAGGCAGUUUUAAGUCUACCAAACAUUUAGUAAUACUCAAUUUAGCAAAUAAUCCCUUGACAGCUAACCAAAAUUUGACUAAAGCACAAUUCGAAGGUUUAACUGAAUUAAAAAUACUUAUUUUAGAGAGUACUGGCAUCAGAAACUUUUCUGAAGACGAAAAUAUAUUUGAGAUGAUGCCUAACUUAACUCACUUGGUUCUCAGAAACAAUCCACUUUAUUACAUGAGCGCCAAAAUCUUGAAACCUUUGCAAAAGCUUCAGUUUCUAGACCUCAGCGAUAACUUGAUGGUAACUUGGUGGGAACCCAUAUUUAUAACUUCAGGUGUAAAACCGACAAAAUUAUACUUGACAAAUAACAAGAUAUCACAUUUCUCAGUCGGCAUGAUCAAAGACAUCAGUUACCUGUUGGAUGACGACAAAGGUGAUGUAGUGAUUGAUCUGAUGGACAAUAUAUUUGUGUGUGACUGCAGGUCUAUGUUUACUACUUAUCGUUGGCUUCAAGCUAACGGAACUACUGCUGUAAAAAAGUACAUACAUAACUCUAAAUUUCAUUGCAGUAGCCCUGACAUAUGGGAAGAUAGGAAAGUAUCAGAGUAUUUGACCUCGAUAAAGAGUUUACAUUGUUUAAUGUUUGAGAAGAUAUCGAGUAUCAUGGUGCUGGUUUGGACUGCACCGUCAUUGGUCACUAUUAUUCUAGUCGCAUUCAUUGUAGCUGUCAUUUACAAGUAUAGAAUGUACAUACGUUACUGGAUGUUUGUAGCAAAGAUAGCUUUAGGAAGAAAUUUGAAGAAGAAGUCGCCAAAGCCAGAUGUUAUUAAAACUUAUAAAUACGAUGCGUUUGUUUCGUAUUGUAAUGAAGAUAGAGACUUUGUUUAUGAGAUGAUCGACCAGCUGGAGUCGAAGCCUCCGUACUUGAAGCUGUGUGUUUAUGAACGGGACUUUGAAAUAGGUUCUUUUAUAUCGGAAUCUAUUUUGACUAGUAUUAACGAAAGCAAGUAUGUCAUACUGAUAAUAAGCAAUAGUUUCGCGAAGUCGCAGUGGUGUCGGUGGGAGACGCAGCUGGCGGAGUACCACCGGAUCUUCCUGGAGGACGGCACCUCGUACGACCCGCUCGUGCUGAUCAGGAUCGGGGAGAUCCAGAGCAAGUACUUGACGACCACGCUCAAGUAUUUGCUGAAGACGAAGAUAUACCACUUGUGGGACCAAAGGAACACUGACGAGUUCUGGAAAAAGUUAAAAAACGCUAUUACCAAGACGUGA